AUGCAGGGCACAAUAAUGAAGGCCCGUAAUCUUUUUAAGCUGUAUCAGCAAUCGCUUAACCGCCGGCCUUAUUUAAUGCAAGCUGUGCAGACGGGCACUCUCAUGGCCGCUGGUGAUCUUAUAUGCCAAACUUUUAUUGAAAAGAAGACUACUAAGCAGAUGCCAGUGGCCAAGCUUCUUCACAGCAUCACACACCGCAGAGAAGUUCACGCCCACCAUCUGGGCGCCUGGCGUUCGAGCACCAUGUGUUCCUUUCUUUUGCGUACCAGCAAGAUCUGGAACGAACUUACCUCAGUAUUUUUUUCUUAUGGCUAUAAUAUGGGGCCUGCAUUAAGAGUCUGGUAUGGUUUAUUAAAUAACCGCAUAGGAUCUACUGGUAAAACUGUAGCACUGAAGAAGGUGUUUGUUGAUCAAGUUUUGUUUGCUCCUGCAUUUUUGUCACUAAUUUUAGUGGCUGUUGGAGCUCUGCAAGGAAAACCAUGGGAAACUGCACGGAAACGUCGAGUAAAUGCUGCAAAAUGGAAAAAGAAUCGAGUUAAAGAACUACGGUACGCAGCAAAGCAUUUGCCAGUUAAGCCGACAUGUAAACAUAAAUGCAAAAACUUACAAUGCUCUGAAAUUCCACUGCAGGAUGUACGAAAAUUCCAUGAGUCUUUUUAUCAAUUGAAAAACAAAUUGAAACAAGACUCAUUUUUAUUGAAACAUGUGAAAGGUAUAAAAACCCAACGUCGUCGUCCAAGAUCUGAAUCUCGAAAUUACAAACCUAGAGGUUUGCAGCUGAAGUAUAGGAAAAACAUGCCGUUGUCCAAAAUACCGGACCAGAGUUCGUACUAUUCCCGCCAACUAUACUUUUACAAUUUUACUACAGUGGAAGCUAACUCCAAAUCAUCAUUAACAAAAGAAAAUGUGUUCGCUUAUUGCUGGACAGAGGAUGAAUUUGCAAAAGAUGCAAAUCUUAUAGUAUCUUCAGUUUACCAUCGGCUUUGCAAUACAGUUUUUCCCCCCGAAUGUAAUCAACUUCGACUUAUGGCCGUCGGGUGUUCCGGUCAAAACAAGAAUUCUAUGCUUAUCGCAAUGCUCUCACGUUGGCUAACAAAAGAUGCGCCAGCCCAAAUACAUCUGGUUGAAGUAGUCUUACCAGUAGUGGGACACUCAUUUCUUCCGCCGGAUAGAGUAUUUGCUCGCAUUGAAAAAGAAUUACGUAAAAUUGAAAAUAUAAUCAAACCAGAAGAAUACUUUGAUGUAGUGGAAAAACAUGCUACUGCUAUUAACGUUGCUACUACGGUUCAAGUAUACGACUGGAAAACCGUUGUCAAAGAUUUAUUUUUGAUUAAGUACCACAAAAUGGCAUAUACCUUUUUCUAA